CGCCAGUUCGCUUGACGCUGCGAAGUGAAAGUUGCUGAUCUCAUUUCACUUUAUAAAAACAGCCGGAGAAGCGGUGGUUCCCAGCUUCACUUCUCCCAGCCGUCUGUGACGGAGAGCAGCGUUUUCAGCUCCACGAUGUCCGGGCACGGUCACGGUCAUGGUCACGGGCACGGCUGCGGGUGCGAGGGUGAACACGAGCCCGCGGAGAGGGGCCUGGAGUAUGGACUGUACCGGCGGAUAGACCUGGACAAGCUGCAGUGUCUGAACGAGAGCAGGGACGGGGACGGAAAGCUGGUGUUCAAACCGUGGGAUCAGCGGAACGAGCGGGACAAGUAUGUCGAGAGCGAUGCAGACGAGGAGCUGCUGUUCAACAUCCCUUUUACAGGCAGUGUAAAGCUGAAAAGCAUCAUAAUUUCCGGAGAAGACGACGACUCUCAUCCAGCUGAGAUACGACUGUACAAAAAUAUCCCUCAGAUGUCCUUUGAUGCCACCGGCAGAGAACCUGAACAAGCCUUCAGGCUCAACAGAGACCCUGCUGCUGAGCUGGAGUACCCGACAAAGAUCGCUCGGUUUUCCAAUGUUCAGCACCUCUCCAUCCACGUCUCAAAGAACUUUGGAGCAGAGAGUACCAGGGUCUACUACAUCGGUCUGAGGGGCGAAUAUUCAGAGGCUCACAGACAUGAAGUGACGAUCUGUAACUACGAGGCAGCAGCAAACCCUGCAGAUCAUAAAGUGGAGAGCAUCAUCCCUCAAACCAACUUCAUUUCUUGAAAGCUUCGGAGAGCCGUGAGGUGGAAGAGGAGGAGGAUGAGGAGAGGUUUCAGUGGCGUCUGCUGACUGUCAUUGACACAAGUCAAAAAGUCAAAGAUGAGUUCAACGCUGCGUACUGGCAGGUUGGUCGAGCUCGACCGGGACUGAGCACUGAAUUCUGAAGACCAGAGGCUUCAGAUGUGUCUGGAAGUGCCAAGUUGUCGCUCUGUUUUCUAUGGCAAUAACGAGUGAAGGCUUAAUGUGGGCAAAAAGCUUAAUAAUAAAUGCAUGAAACAUUUGACACCCAGAUAAA